GCCCAGGAGGAGGAGAGGGAAGGAAAGAUGGCGGCCGGAGCCGAAGCGGCCAGUAGUGGCGGCCGCAGCAGCAGCAGUAGCUCUUCGGCGGCUUUGGAAGCGAGUCUGGACCGUCGAUUUCAGGGAGUUACGAACACGAUGGAGUCCAUACAGAACUUGUCCUCGUGGUGCCUCGAGAAUAAGAAACACCACGGGGCCGUAGUGCGCUCCUGGUUGAAGUGGCUCAAAAAAUCGAAUGCCAAUCACAGGCUGAAUCUCUUCUACCUUGCUAAUGAUGUCAUUCAGAACUGCAAGAGGAAAAACGCCAUCGUUUACCGCAGCACAUUCGCUGAAAUCCUGCCUAAUGCCGCUCUGCUGGUCAGGGAUGCUAAAGUGCGUAAGUCAGUGGAGAGAAUCUUCAAUAUUUGGCAGGAGCGGAGCGUUUACCCAGAGGAGCUAAUCACCGAACUGAAGACAAAUCUUCAGAAAAAAGAAACAGCACCCCCUUCAGUUACCCCUAAAGCUGCCCUCAAGUCCAAGAUUGUAGCAGAGUUUGCACCUCAAGCUUUUAUCGAGCGCCUAUCGGCGUACAAACGCUCUGUAGAGGAGAGCGAGCUGAAAGAGAAACAACUCGCCGCUCUCAGAAUCGACGUCUACAGCACUGAAGCUCUCAAGCAUCUCAAAGAUAAAGCAGGAGGAAAUAAAUUCUCAAAGGAUUUUGAGGAAGGCAGCACAAAGCUGCAGGAGGUUGUGAAGUUUCUGGAAGGACAGAAGGAGACAGAACCGGCACUGCUCGAGGCUCUGGGGAACGCUGACGUUUUUUACGAAAUGCAGUACAAAGAGGUCAAAAUUGUCGCUAAUGCAUACAAGACCUUUGCAAAUCGUGUUUCGAAUUUGAAACGCAAAUUGGAUGCUCUAAAAGCCACACUACCCGAUGUCGAGUCUCCAGUUCCCUCACCCUCGGAGGAUGCGCCCUCACCCUCUGGCUCUGAAUCACCCUUUCAUGGAUUGGGACGUAACCAACGGACAAAAGAUGAAAAAGACAACAGAGAUGUGGAGGACAUGGACAUGUCGGAUGAAGAGACUGCACACACCACAAGUAUUUUUGUUGAAGACAAAAAAGAAAAAGCUGCCCCUCUGUCUGCAGUUUCUAAAGCCACCAAUGCAACAGCAGAUAAAUCCCCUACUUUAGCUACUCCCACAAAAACAACACCUGAGCCACCAGCAGCUCAGACAACAUCCUUGUCUACAGUGACCACACCCACCAGUACUCUCAGCUCCGCCCCUUUAAAUUUGGCUAAUGUGGAUCUUGGGAAGAUCAGCUCUAUCCUGAAUAGCAUCACUAAUGCCAUGAAGAACACUGGUGUCAGUCCAGUGUCCCGCCCCUCUCCAGGAACUCCCACUACACAACCAGGCCACACCCCCAUAGUAAAAAGCACACCCACUGUUGGAACUGCAGCACCCAAUCCGUUGGCCAGUAUUCUGUCAAAAGUGGAUAUUUCACCAGAGGGAAUCCUAAAUGCGCUUACAAAGACUCACACACACCCUGGUUUGUCUUCUCUGAUUUCGUCAGCCCGGGCUGGUUCUCUCACUUCUCCAAAUUCUGCCCCCUCUUCUUCCGCUGUCACCACGACAACAGAAACAGCACCUGUAAUGACAACCACCACAACUCCAACACCACCAUCCACCCCGAAGACUCCAAAAGCUUCUGAAAACAACAGCUUGAACUUUGAGCCUGAGCAAGAGCAAGUGAUAGAAUGGGAGAGGGAUAGAGAGAAAGAGAGGGAGAAGGACAGACAGGAAGUUGUGAUGCCGAGCUUAGAGUCAAAAAUCAACAACUUCCUGCAAGUGAAUCCUGGAUUCGCAGGCGUAUUCGAAGCGGAAAGUAACAGCCCACUGCUUGUGGGCGGAGAUGCCACACCAGUUCGAGAUGAACGGGGCGGGACGCCGACACAGGAUGAAAUAGUUGACAGCCCACCCUGCGUUAUUGGCCACAAAACACACAUUUCAUCAUGGGGCGCAGAAGACGAGAUGCGCAAAGACAGAGACUAUCGCACCCUGUCAGGAAAGACUGCGAUGAAAAACAAAGAGAAAGAAGUGGGAAAGAGGAGGAGUGAAGCAUCCCCUGGCCAUACCCCUUCCUCCUCUUCCACUUCCUCUCACUUCUCCUCACAGGAAUUAGCCACAAAAUCUAAAACAGAGGGAAGAAGAGUUAGUGUAGGAGCUCAACGAGAAAAAGUCAAGGAGGAUAAAGGAGGGAAGAAAUCAUCGAAGAAAAAGGAAUUGAUAAGUGGAGACAACGAGCGCUAUCAUCGCAUUCAAACUGUGGUUACUGCAGCAACCGGCGAUGAAGCCACAACCAUCGAUCAGCUUGGCUACAGCAACCGCAUCCAGACAGUUGAGAGCAUUCGCGUGAUUGGUCGAGGUUCCAGAAGGUCCAGUGGUGCAACCAGGGGCAGUGGGGUGUGGUACGAAGAGGCAGAAUUUAUGGAAGCCCCACCUAUGCCUCACCCUGGAAACCAUGGUCCUGAUUCUGAAGACCAUGCCACAUCUGCACCAGCUCAUUUGCGACUUCCGCAGGGCCAAUACUCCUCACCACCUCCCCCUCACUUUUUCCCUCUUUCUCAAACCCCGGCCCCUCCAGUUGUCCCUCCUCCUCCUCCUCGCAUUGCUCCACCCCCUCUUCCUCAUUUGGCCCCUUCUAGGGACUUCUCUCAGUCCCCUACUACUUCAGCUGUGAUGGUGGGCGGUGUCCUGGUCCCCAUUGAUCGAGUUUUGCCCCUCCCUCCCGCUAAUCUACGCCCAGAUGUGGUUAAAGCCCAUGGGGGUGGGGCUAUCACUUCUAACAGUUCUAGGGGUAAAUCUAACUCCAUGCGCCCCCUUCAUCGUCCACUACUUGGUCAAAGCCCGACCUCCCCUUCACCAACCACACCCACAACCCCUACCUCUUCCAGAGAGCCCCGCCCACUUUUGCCCUCCCCACCCCGACCUCUUCUUCGCUUGCCUUCACAGAGGCUUCCAUUGCCCCUCCCCCUUUCCCGAGAGCCCUUGUUGCCAAGUGCAAAGCGACCUGGGCCCGCCUACCGUGGUGGAUCGUUACACGCGCCUAAGCGACCCUUUUUGCCUCCUCGCUAUUAAAGAUUGCAAUGCUGUCUAAUCAGACAUGUGCAUUUGCUUAGGCACUGCUCCUUUGCUUGUAAGGUUAAAGUCACAUGAUAUCAGCAUUUUCCCCAGCUUGGUUUCCCUCAAAGCCAAUUAGGCAAGAUGGUGGGAUGAAAUAGGAGAGAAAGGAAGAUUAACAGGAAGAAAAAAGGUGGUUAUUCUGAUCAUUUCCACUUAUCUUUGUGUGUGUGUGUGUGUGUGUGUGUGUGUGUGUGUGUGUGUGAGAACAAAACUAGAUUGUUCUAGAUCUAGGUCUGUAAUUAAGAAUGUAAAUAGAGGCGCUUCUCUUUUCUGUGUGGCUUCUGCAUUCCUGCUCUCAAACUCUGUCACUCAAUCUGUAAACUCACUAACUUCUGCUUCACACAUGUAUAAUUAUCUGGAAUCAACCUGCGUUCACACUAGAAAUCGGCAAGUCACUCACAGUCACUCCAGGUUUGAGUGUGGUCUGUACAGCUUCUUUUAAUUUGCGAAAUGGAAACCAAAUGGUCCAAGUCUAGUUUCAAAAUAAUGCGUUACUUUUGCUUUAAACUUCAAGUGCUUUUGGAAUUGGAGCUAAACGCAAGCAGAUACUAGAGUGUUGUGUGCUUGGCUUUGUCACUUGCUAUCGUGAACGCAGGCUUAUUGUUGCUCAACAGCUAGGACAUACAAUCACAACUUUUAACUAAAACAAUUGAUUUAGCGAAAAUAACACCACAACUCAAUCUUAAUGCUUCCAUCUUUCUGCUUCCUGUUCUUUAAUUCUUAAAAUUAUCCUUUUUUUUUUUUUUAGUCCUGGCAUGUAUCAUUAAUAAUAAAAGCCCUCUGUUGAGAAAUAAGAAUGAUCGGGGGCUUACAAUUCUUUAUCAAUAUAAUUGUGGUAUUUGGGUUCUUUUGGUGUGUUGUUUUUUUUGUUUUUUUUUUGUUUUUUUUGUUUUGUUCCAAAGAAAUGUGUAUAAGAAAUGUGCAUAUUUUUAUAUAUCUGUAUCUGAAUCUGUACACAAGCAAGCUACAUGUACGAUUAAUGGAAAAAACAUUACCUAUUACAGAGGAUAUCCGGUUUGCGUAUUUGAGCUACACACCCUUUUUUUCCUUUUUUUUUUAAAUUUUUUUUUUGUUUUGUUUGUUUUAUAUUUCUUAUUGCAUGGGGAUGCAGAACUCUGGCAUUGUGUAUGUAAAUAAUAAGGCUCCACCCCCUCGUUAGAACUAUGAAAGACAAAAAUGCAAGGUUAUGGUUUAGAGAAAACCUUUGAAAAAAAAUCGUCUGUGCACUGAAUAUUAAAAUUUUCAGUAUAUCCUUUAACAGAGAAACACUAAAAACUACGUGCCACAAUAAUGCACGUAGCUUUUUAAAUGGUGUAUACCGUUUUGUAGGAAUCUGAUUGGAUAGGUAAAAGAAGAGGAGCUUACACUUUACAAUUUGUUUGUUUCCUGUUCCCUUUCCUUUGGAAUUUCAGUUUCAAUUUUCAAAAAACGCCAGCUGAAAUAAUUUUGGAAUACUGUUUCUGAUGCGCCUAUUUCCUGUAAUGAAGCUGCCUUUUCCUCCUUUCUUGGGGGUUUUCUUUGUCUUUUUUUUUUGCAUUAUUAACAUUAAGUAAAGUUGGUAAGGAAUUGAGUCAAAAUCACUGUAGAAGGUUGUGGCCCAGUGGGCAUUGUUGCAAUCUGUUAUAAAAUUCUCAGCUAAAUUUGAAAGCGUUUUUAUCAGUAUGCAGAAAGCUAGUUGGAAUGUUGUGUUGCCAUACAACAUAACAUUAUAUUGACAUUUUCAGAUCUACGUUUAUUUCCCCAUAAUAGGAGAACUUUACAUUCAAAUCAGCAAAGUCACUUCCAUGUCCUAGUUUGUUGCAAUAAAAACUAGUUAGCAUAAA